AUGAUGGCGCCGGUGAAGAAACAUUUAGCCAUUAGGCCAGUGGAAUUCUACGGAAACGGGCUUCCCCGACCUUACGUCUUUGAUAGUCCUCAGUUCAAUUCCCACCGCGUAGAUCCGCCUCUCUCUGCGCUAGAUCCGCUUCUCUCAUGGGCAAGAGACGCUCACUGGACCAUGGGUGGUCUCAACUUCACGCGUCUCCGUCUCCAGGGCCGAAUCGAAGGAAAUUGCAACAAACUCCGAGCCCAGCUCGAGAAAUCUACUCCUGUCAAACUCGAAUCUGGACAUUCCGAGAAGAAGAAGAAGAGAUCCGGUUACGAUUCUCCCCCGGCGGCUCCGAUUGCGGUGAAAAGAAGGAGGUUCAUAGAUCUGAACGAUGAGGACGAUGAGGAGGAGAUCGGAUCUGAGGAUGAAGGUGUGGCGAGAAUCAGGAGAAAACUCUCAGAUGACUUUGAUCGAGUCGCUGUUGAGAGCAAGAGCAUCCCGGUUAAAGUCAAUAAGAAACCGAUUGAACCGGUGUCAAUUGGGAAGAGAUUGGAAUCGGUGGCGAAACGUUUGAAGGAGAAGAAGAAGACCCAAAAGGUCGAAGAGACGACGAGUUUGACGAGGACAUCUCCACGAUUGGCGAAUCGUAGAUCGAGUUAG